AUGUGGUUUGCUAAAAGACGUGUCAAUGCCAAUAACAUGGCUACCACUCUAACAACGGGCGUUGAGAAGUUGCUGGAGGCUAGAGUUGAAGAUGCUAAACUCUUACCUGUGCAAGAGAUUGAUCAGCAUCGUACAGAGGUUUUAGGCACAACAUCUGCACAUGUUAUCAAUUUAACGGAGAAAACAUGUACUUGUCGACGGUUUGAUUUGGAUAAAAUUCCUUGCGUACAUGCCAUAGCUGCCGCCGAUAGGAGGAAGUUGUCGUUGAUCUCUCUUUGCCAUCAUUACUACCACACUAGUUACUUGCAACAAGCGUAUGCUGUUAGUGUAAUGCCAAGAGACGUAGCACUCCCUGUGCCAGAUGAAGUAGCUACCAAAAUUUUUCUCCCGCCUGAUGUUCGCAACCGACCCGGCAGGCCACAGAAAAUUCGGAUUAAGGGUGCGUUCAAGGCCGCCAUGGCGAGUAAACGUCCUCGGAAGAUCCUCAAAUGUGGUAACUGUGGCCAAGGCGGACAUAAUCGCCUAACAUGUCGAGCUUAG